UUCGCUCCCAAGGACGCACACCAACGUGGUCUAUUAACUCGUCCCUGACCGACUCAAAGACAUCACGCGACAUGCCGCUGCUCCUGUUCUGGUUGUCCAUUCUCUUCAUCGCCAGCUCGGUUAGCGCAGACGACUGUACCAUUGAGCAAAUAAGUGCGGUGGCGAGCAACUCACAUGUGGAUCCAUGCGCGAAAGCCAUGGAAUUCGUGGAGAUUCUGAGUUUGGCUGCUCUAUCUAGCGAUCAAGUCAAGUUGUUCUGCGCAAGCGGCCCUUGCAUGGCAUUAUACGACGAUGUGCGCACAAUGGGUCUAGGCGACUGCACAAUUCCCAGCACGGGGACCUCGAUGCAAAAGGACAUUUUUGAACCCGUCACGGAAGCUUGUGGCAGCAGUGGAUCGCCAAGCAGCUCUACUGACGCCGAAGUAGAAGUGGAUGAAGCUUCGUCCAUCAGCUCGAGUUCAACGAUCACAGUCUCCAUCGUCGGAUACGUCGGCGUGACUCUCUCCGUCAUGUUGUUCUAGAUCAAACGUACUGAUAGUUAGCGGGUGGGCAUGUUCUGCAGAAGAUUUAGAGUGAAAAAAAAAAACAAUAAUUUGAGCCGUUCGGGUAAAAAC